UUCCGAUUCGAUCCGAAAAAAACUGUACAUAAAUGUGAAAUUUUUAAUUUGUAGAUUCUAUAGACUGUAGUCUUUGCAGAAGCCAAUUCGCAAUCGGAAACAAGGUAACGUGCUCUUAAUCCUGGUUUGGCCAUCUUUCUCAACAGCCAAUUUAUAAUAGUUUAUACCUGUAAACCACAUAUAAUCUCUAAUCACUCCGCGUAUUUUCAGUUCUAAAAUGUUGUAUUUCGGGUGAUGAGAAAGAUCGUGACUCAGUUUUAUGAUCGUUACGACCAUAUGGAAAACCAAGCCGAAUGUACCAUCACGGAAACGAGGCUGUAUAGCGGGGGUGGUUGGCACUCUUCGUUUGGGCUCAGUCAUCCAGUUAAUAUUGAGGUCAGGUAACUUUGACACGCCGGAAGUAAUUAGCAUUCGAAGGAGUUGGAAGGACUCAGUGCUUCCAUUUUCAAGGAAAUUUCCUUUUCUAAGGAAAUUCUACUGUCGAAAAGGAAAAUCUAAGGAAGAGAAAAAAUCUAAGGAAAUCUAAGGAUUUUUUCCGAAAAACUUAAAUAUUCACCCAAGCGCAUUAGUGCAGAAGAAGGUUUCCAUUUUUUUUAAAAUUUUUGAGUGAAUUAUCAAUUAUCUUUAAUUAAAAAUCUGUUUUUAACUUUUUCCUCGUGUUUCCGGUCGGAAAUUCCGAAAAUUUCCAAAAGUUUUUAAGCGAUAGGAUUUAGUAACUUUUGGCGGCAAACGUUGUGAAUAGUUAAUUAAUCAUAUCAAUGUAAAGGUAUCUCUUGUAAAUUCAUAACAAAUAUUUAAUUUUAAACAGUAUAAUAGCCUGUGGUUCUUAGCUAGCCCAUAUCUUUGUUAAUUGUGUUAUUUUAUGCCUUGAAAAUUAAUUAAAUCCUUUGUAUUGCUGCAAAAUCACUGCAAAAUCACUGCAAACUGCUUCAUGAAAUUUCAAGGAAUUUUCAAGGAAAUAACAUAUACAAUCUAAGGAAUUUAGAGAAAUUUUGAUGACAAAAAUGAGAAGUUUUGAUUUUAAAAAUGGAAGCACUGGAAGGACUCGACUAUAAAAUUUUAAAAUGUUUCCAGGUUGAUUUUUUGUAUGGCAAGAAACGAUCAUUCAGGCUAUCCAUUGAAGUGGUUUAAGGAUCAAAAUGCAACAAGAAAUGCUUAUGAAUGUGCCAUAUGUUUGGAAGUUUUGAAAGAUCCCGUCCAAGUCCGUGAUUGUGGACAUCAAUUUUGUGCUCUCUGUAUUGAUGAUAUUCUCAAGUUAGUUUCACUUUCAAUAUUUUUCUUUGACAUUUACACAGCAUGACUGCAUAAGCAAAGUACAUUUAAAACUUCAAGAAAUAUAUAAACAUAAACUGCUGUUCAUAUUUUACCGUAUAACAAAAUAUAUAACUUGUUUUAUAAUUAAUAAUUAAUAACUUCAGAAGUGCAACAACUAUAAUAGUUAGCAAUUUCAAAUUCAGCAGCAUAUAUUUCUUUUUCAGGACAGAUCCUCGUUGUCCAACAUGUAGAAUUGAAAUAUCAGAUGUGAUGGUAUGCUACCUGGAAAGUUAAUAAUACCUAUAUAUAAUUUAUUCCUGUGGAUAUUCAUUAGGCAGUGCCAGCUAAUGGACAACUCGAAAGCAUUCUGUAAUACAUUGGGAUUCUGUGUUGUAUCACACCAACAACAAUUUAUUGAAGUUGCACAUGUCAUAUAGGUUAUUUACAAAAGUGAAGAGUAUAAUAAGGUUAUAGUGAGUAGUAUAUAGAUAUAAAUUAGAUGCCCAAGUCGCUUGCUAGGGACCGCGCGUAGCAAGAAGGGAGCGCGCGUAGCAAGAAGGGAGCGCUUGAGAAAGAUGGAAGCGAGCGACUUGUGUCACUUGCCUGAUUUUGAAUCUUACUGAACAAUUUUGCGCGAAAAUCAAUUAUGACAUAGUGGGCGUUCACUAUGUCGAUUUCACUAGUUCAUUAUUGUUUUGGCGUCGUUAGUACAGAAUAAUAAUGAGCAUUCACUGACGUCACCGGAGCAAAAAUGCACUGGUGACAAAAGUCCGUCGCUUCCAGGAACCACGAACCAUGGACUUUGGAAAGUCUAGAUAUAAAUUGGAGUUAAAAAUUCAUUAUGUUGUGCGCAGUGGACAAAGUAACUUAAUGGCUUAAUAACCAACUGGAGUUCUGCACCGGUCAACUGGGGUUCACAGUUCAAAUCAUGGGAAAGGUCUAUUUCAAGCCAUGAGUUUUUAACCCAAUUUGAGCACCUGAGCACUAGCUCCCCCAGCUUGAUGAUAAAAUUGUCUGGCCAGCAUUAGACAGAGUAAACUAAUAAUAAAAGUAGGGUGCAUAAAUUUGGGGCACAAAUUAGUGGCUUUAAACUAAGACACAUAUGGGCAAUCAUAGUCUGAUUAACCCAUUGAGUGCCUCAGCACUCUCAGUCUAGUAGAAUUAAUUGUCUGGUGUUAGACAGAGUAUAAAAUUAUGCCUAGCUUGCAUUGUACCGUAAUUUAUUCAGUAUAUAAGGCAAUUUUUAAACCAAAAUUAUAUCUGUUUAUUAAUAAAAGUAACACCUACCCAACAGUUUCUCUAUGAUGUGUGUUAUAAUUUAUAUUAUAAUAUAUAGCAUUUGUAAAUUCUGAACACUGAUUGGCUAAGAGCCGUGUUGAUAUAACUCAAUGUCAACACGGAAAUUUCUUUCUUUAUAUUAAACUUUGUGCUAUAUUAUAAAACAAAUAUAAAACAUUUUUUCCGUAUUGAUAUAUAGUUAUAUUAACACUCAUGGAAAUUAGGAAAACUCGAAAUUGUGCGAAAACACUCCGCCCUUCGGGCGUUGUGUUUCCACACAAUUUCUUGUUUUCCCAAUUUCCAUGCACUUGUGUUGAUAUAACUAUAUAAUUUAUCAACACGGAAAAUGUUUUAUAUUUGUUAAAUGUCACCCUUAAAUUCUGUUUCCCUGGCCCAGGCAUGCUGCUAAAUGCAACCAUGGUAAUUAUUUCUUCUAAUUAUUAGAUUUUUGAGGACCAUGCUGCAAGGAGAUUGAUUAAACAACUUGUUGUCAAUUGCUGUAAUGCAGGAUGUAGCUGGCAGGGAUGUCUCGGUUCUCUACUGCAGGUACGGCGUUUGUUGUUAAAUUGCCUUUUAAUUAAUCAUUAGUCAAAACCAUAUAUGCAGGCUUUUAUAUCAGGUAGGGGUGCACCGGAACUCAAACUCGGUUCCGGCCGGAACCCCGAUUUUUCAGAGUUCCGGUUCUGGCCGGAACUAAUAAAAAAAGCAUGACCGGAACAACCGGAACUCUGUCGUUUUUGGGGAGAUAGAAUAUCAAACGUUUUUGUGUCUAACAAAAGUUCAGAGUAGGAAGAAAUUUUGCAGGAACUUUUUUCCAGUUUCGGUCGGAUCCGGUUCCGGCUGGAACUUAAAAGAAUUGGUUCUAGUGCACCCCUAAUAUCAGGCAUUAUAUAUACUUCAAAUGUAGAGUCAUCAGAAUAAUUGCAACUUUUCAAUCCACCGUGGCAAUAAUGUUGAUGAAAAAGUGGAAAAAUUGGAACAAACACUUGAAACCCUCAUGAUGAAAAUUUCAACUUUGGAAAAGAAGGUGAUCAUUUAUUAUUAAUUUAUAUUUUUUAGUCACAUGAGUCGAUAGUGACUUUAUAUUUUACAUUUGUUUCAUUUCUAUAGUAAUUUAAAUAUGUUGUAUGAUUGUUUAAUUAUUUUAUAUAUAGUAUGAAGAAGAUAGUAAAGAACUUAAAUUGAAGGUAAUUAUUUAUAAUUGCCAAAAUAUGGCACAAUAUGGUGCAUAAAGAAUUAGCAUGGGGGCAAUUUACUCCCCAGAAAAAUAAGAAAAUUUUGGUCUCUGAGUCACUCCUCCCCCUGCCUGCCAGUAGCUGAAACAGCAUUUCCAGGAUUGUGGGACUCAACUUAAUUGGAGAAAACAUAUUAUUUCUUAACUUAAAUAUACAUUAUACUACUGUAUAUUUAAAAAUAGAAAAUUUUGUAUGCACUACAUAAGUUCUAAUUCUGUCAUUCUUACAUGACUAUAUGUUUAGUUCUGAUUGCACAGUAAUGUGAAUGUGUUUAGCGAACCGAGUUUCUCGCAAAGCCGUCUUACAACACUUUUUACUUGACAAUCAAUAUUAUAUCUAUAACAAUUAAACCAUUUGUUCAUUGAGUGAAAAUUUCAACUUUGGAAAAGAUCAAGGUGCAUGCAGAUCAUUUAUGAUUUGUAUUUUUAGUGACUUUAUAAUUUACAUUUGUUUCAUUUCUAGUAAUUUUUAUGAUUGUUUAAUUAAUUAAUUCAUUUAUAUAGUACGAACAAGAUAGUAAAGAACUUAAAUUGAAGGUAUUACUUAUAAUUGCCAGUGAAAAUAUAUGGCACAAUAUGAUGAAUAAAGAUUAGCAUGCAUGGGAGCAAUUAGUAUACUCCACAGAAAAAAUUGAAAUUUUGGUCUCAGUAGCUGAAACAGCAUAAUCCAGGAUUGUGGGAAUCAACUUGGAGAAAACUUAAGUGUAAAGGUCUGUAAAUAAAUCACCUUUGAACAGUGUAUAUUGAUUUCAGAAUGCUUGACAAUUUUUCAGUGGGAGACAAUUUACUGUAUAAUUGUCUCAUGCAGUUAGAGCAUAUGUUGUAUUAAUUAGAACAAAGUUCAGUAGGUUAGUAAGAUUCUGUCAGUUAAAGAUUCUUUGUGUGUAAGAUAUGCAACACUGUCUGCUGACCUGACGUGAAGUGUGGAAAAAGUAGGAGAGCAUGCGAGUACUGCUCGCAGGAAAUGUUAAACAGCUGCAGGAAAUUCAUUUGAAUGAAGAUUUGCUUUUGAAAAUUUGAAGGAAACCUUAACACCCAAUUGUCCCACUAUUAGGAGCAACAACAUAUGGUUGACAGACAAUUUAUUUCUUGAAUUUAAAACCACGGUCAGCUAGAACACUAUAUAUUUAUGCACAUGCAGAUUUAGCACCAAAAUACUCCAGGUUGUGCUCCCUAGGAAGAAAAUAUUUCUUUUUUCCUGCUCUGCUAAUCUAACAAUUUUCCACUCAGGGCCCCAAUUGUUUAUCUGCAGAUUUGAACAAAUUUUAAACCACAUACACUCUGAAAAGCAUUAGAGGUGGCAACUACCCCCCUGCCCCCCCCAUUUUACCAUUGCUCCUGUCUUUUAUUGAAGACAUAUAAAUACUACUUAGAUACAUGCAAAUGGUGUAAUUUAAAAUUUGUAAGUUUUGCAUUAUUAGAGUUGCAUUCCUUCAUAUAGUAUGUAAUGCUGUGCUGUACAUACACUGUACACGCGUAAAAACGCUGAGCCUGUUGUUUGACAGGAUUGAACAAUUAUUGUUUUGCUGCCCACAUUGUUUACACUUAUCAACGCGAUAUUAAACAAUAUUGCUGAGCCUGAAUAGGGUGUGACAAUAUUGUUCAAUGUUGUUGAUAUAACUGUGAACAAUGUGGGCAGCAAAACAUUGUUCAAUCCUGUUUUCAUCAACUAUUGCAACAACCUGAUCAUUUUUAGCCAUGUAAAUGACAAUUUGUCAUAUUACGUACUUUAUAUAAUUUUACAUUGAUUUUAUUUCUAGUAAUUUAUAUAUUUAUUAAUUACUAGCAUGAACAAGAUAUCAAAGAAGUUAAAUUGAAGGUAAUUGCCAUGCAGAUGAUACAACAUGCGCAUGAUAUACUCCCUGUGAGUUAGUCAAUCUGAUCAUGUUUAAUUUGUUAAAGACAUAUAUAGACAAAGUACAUGCAAUGGGUUGAUAUAUUUGUUUAAGUGUUGCACCAGUGCAUUGGAGUGCAAUUAUGCAUAAAAAUAAUGUGUUUUUUGUAGGGUGACAAUUUGUCACCAUAAAAGAAUUUUCUUCUCCAUAAUUUAACAUAUUACUCAUUAGUCACAAACUGGUAUGCAUAUAUAUAUAUACCCAGGUGUCCCCCAAAAAACUAUACACUGGUUGAUUUCCUCUAACGUAAAAACUAUAAACGAUAUAUUGCACUGAAAUAACUUUCAUUGUAUUCAGAAGGGCCAUGCAACUUUACUUUUGAAGAAAAAACCCCAUUUAAUUGUCUGUGCAAUAUUGACGAUUAAGAUACAGGCAGGGUCUUAGCUAGGAUUUUAGAUCUUGGGCGUGUUUCUGAUGACCAGGGUCUGCACAUGUCAAUUACCUUGAAUAGCCAAAUCACGGUUCUAGUUAUGCUCGCCAACAACAAUGUAUGUGGUUGUUCUGUGCUUUGCAACCAAAUACAAGGCGAGCAUAUACUCAUAUUGCGCACUGACAUUAGAAUAUUAAGUUAUUUCAGCAACUCUUGGGGGUAUUUAAAACCAUUUUAACACCAUACAGUUCCCAUUAUCCAUCAAAACAGUAAAACAUCACGGAUCACUUCUGCCAAUUUCAACAACAAUUAACAGUAGAUUUUACAAACUUUCUUACGACGUAAAUAUAAAGAAAUGCUGUCUGUUGUAAGUAGCACCACCUUAUUUUAGAACCUACACGGCCUUAUAUAAAUAAUGAAGCCGUGUUCAUUUUAUCUAGCCGUGUUCUUCCACUUUUGGCCGCGAUAACACGGCCAACACGGCCCUCUAGCUAAGACCGUGGAUACAGGUGUUGGACGUUGCAUGGCGUUUUAGAAAUUAUAUAGCGAAAAAACGUCAAAAUUCAGCUUAUCAAAUUAACUAAUUGUCACUUUACAUCAAAGCUUUUUAACCUCAGUGAUUUUAACUUUAAGUUCAGAUUAUUCCCUAGCAUAUUUACUCGUUCGGUUAAAUAAAGUAAUAAUUUACGUUAAAACAAACUUUAAUUGAAAACGUGUAUUUGAUGUCCCUUGGGGUGCGUGUAAUAUACCUUUUAUAGUUUUUACGUUACAGCUAGGUAUUUUUUAAUUGAUACUGGAGAUUUCUCGUAUCAGGCAUUCCUAUUUUUUCUCACUGAUAAUUGAAGGCUAUAUGUUUUAUGACCACAUUUGGUGCACGCGAUAAUGUUUAGUGAAACCACUUUAUAAUGUGCGCGUUUUCUUGUCUAUUUCUACAGCUUGAGCAAAGUGAAAAUCGUUGGCAGCUACUAGAGGAGAAACAAAGAGAAUUGUGUGAGAAAGAAAAAAAGACUGCUGUAUGUUAUUUCAAUUUUUUAAUAUUAUUUUCUGUUUAUGAACAGGACUUGCGAAAAGAAAGAUUUUUCUGA